UUUCCAGGGACGGUGAGAAAGAACUAGAAGCUUUUUCGGGAAAAGAGAUGGAACCAGCCGAUUCUUUGUUCUAUCUUCAACAGAAGGAAGAACGCAGAACGCCGAUCGCGGAACAGCUUUUGGAGACUCUGGAGAAAGAAAGUGACGAAGCGAGCGAGAAAUCAUCUGAUUUCAGCGCGUUGCAGGGGUUCAAGUCUGCUUGGUAUUCUCUACCAUCAGCAGAGAAAAAGAAUUUCAAAGAAGAUGAAGUUUCUGAAUGUUUUGAGGAACCUUUGUUAGGUUCUUUAGAAACCGACGACGUAAAAUCAACUCAUAACGGAGAGGCACCUCUUGAAUCAAGAGAGGGAGAAAAUCCAAGUAUACCGAAAGAGAAAUGUCAAGACUCCAUCGGAAAAGGAGAGUCAUAUAAAUCGCAGGAAGAAAAUGAAUCGACUGAAAAAUUGGAAAAGCUAAAUAAGAUGGUGAGAGUGCAUAGCUACGAGAAAAUCGUUGAUGAUGCCAGCGUGGCUCAUAUACCCUUGAAGUCGUGUGCUAGCAUAGGCACAAAUUUUGAGAACUUUGAACCGAAUAGUAUAUACUCUGCAAUUAAAUUGAACAAUACAGAAAAUACUGCGAUGAUGGAAGAAGCGUGGGAGACACUCAAGAAAUCUUACGUAUAUUACAAAGGCCUGCCUGUUGGAACCCUUGCGGCUAUGGAUCCUACUGCCGAGGCUUUGAAUUACAAUCAGGUUUUUGUAAGAGACUUUGUUCCCAGCGGCUUAGCCUGUCUAAUGAGGCCAGCCAGUGCUGGUGGCGAUCCAGAGAUAGUAAAGAAUUUCCUGUUAAAGACUCUCCACCUCCAAGGUUGGGAGAAAAGGAUAGACAACUUUACACUUGGAGAAGGUGUCAUGCCUGCCAGUUUCAAAGUUCUUUAUGAUUCGCAUAGGCAGAGGGAAACCUUGGUUGCAGAUUUUGGUGGCAGUGCCAUAGGGAGGGUUGCUCCUGUUGACUCUGGGUUCUGGUGGAUCAUUCUGCUAAGAUCAUAUACCAAGUGCACGCAUGAUUAUACACUUUCAGAAAAACCUGAGGUGCAGAGAGGAAUGAAGCUGAUACUUAACCUUUGCCUUUCAGAUGGAUUUGAUACUUUUCCAACUCUUCUAUGUGCUGAUGGGUGUAGCAUGAUUGAUAGGAGAAUGGGAAUUUAUGGAUAUCCUAUCGAAAUCCAAGCCCUCUUCUAUUUUGCAUUGAGGUGUUCAAGGCAGAUGCUGAAACCAGAGCGAGAUGGCAAGGAAUUGAUCAAACGCAUUGAUAAGCGCAUAACAGCUCUCAGUUAUCACAUCCGAAAUUACUACUGGCUUGAUUUCACACAGUUAAACAACAUAUAUCGUUACAAAACUGAGGAGUAUUCCCACACUGCUGUCAAUAAGUUCAAUGUCAUCCCUGAGUCCAUUCCUGAUUGGGUGUUCGAUUUUAUGCCCCUACGAGGGGGAUAUCUGAUUGGUAAUGUCAGCCCAGCUCGAAUGGACUUCCGCUGGUUUUUGGUUGGGAACUGCAUUGCAAUCUUAAGUUCAUUAGUUACACCUGCACAAGCAACAACAAUUAUGGAUUUGAUUGAGGAGCGUUGGGAGGACUUGAUCGGAGAGAUGCCUUUGAAGAUCGUUUAUCCAGCCCUGGAGGGUCAUGAUUGGAGAACUGUCACUGGAUUUGAUCCAAAGAAUACACGAUGGAGUUACCAUAAUGGUGGAACAUGGCCAGCUUUGAUAUGGCUACUCACAGCAGCAUGUAUCAAGACCGGAAGGCCUCAAAUUGCAAAACGAGCCAUAGAGCUGCUAGAACAGCGCCUUUCCAAAGAUGGAUGGCCUGAAUACUAUGAUGGUAAGGCGGGGCGUUAUGUCGGGAAGCAAGCAAGGAGAUAUCAGACAUGGAGCAUUUCUGGCUACUUGGUAGCCAAGCUGAUGAUAGAGAACCCAGCCAACCUCCUGAUAAUCUCUCUUGAAGAAGAUAAAAGAAUCUCCAAGCCAAAGCUCACCCGCUCCAUCUCAUUUUAAGAAUAAACAAGAGGAAACAUGUAAUUGGUGAAAGGAUAUUCUUGCAAAAUUUACAUCAGCAUGUUUUUUUUUUCAGAAUGAUGUUGAGAAAA